AUGGUGCACCAGUACCAGGGCCACGGGGCUUGGAAGGACCUGCGACCACUUGCACCACAUCAAUACCAAGGGUGGGCUUUCACCCUCGAUGCCACGCCGUCGAGCUAUGAUCAGAGAGAUCAGCUCUGGAUCUUCGGGCUUUGCGCCCACACAAUGACCUUGAAGACCUACUUUGAAGCACCUUCAAAGCAUUUCAAAGCUAGGGACUACAUCAUUGAGGCGAUUGCUUACACAGAGCAGCUGAAGAUCCAGUUGCCGAAGUGGCUUUUGGACAAAGACCAGGUGGAAGCCCUCCGAAAGCUGGAAGCGGCAGUGGCCAGUGGCGAUGAGCGGGCCUUGCGUGAGGCCGUGGUGUUUGCGAAGCAAACGGACCACAAGGCAGAUGAAGCUCUAGAAAGCAAGUACGAAGAAGCCCUCACAAAGCUGAAGCGGCUGAAACGUUUACCGAGCGGCUGGGAGGUCACCGAAUUGGUGGGAGAUGAUGCCUCGACGAAAAUGUUUAAGAAGGCUGAUUUGGAUGAUCCCGCACUCAAACAGCUUUUCCAGAAGCUUUUCGAUGACACCAAGGCCAGUAUCGUGACCCGAGAUCGAGCUGCUCGUGGCGCUGGCGCCAUGCCGCGUGGCUACCGCGUUCAGAAGAUCAUCUCUGUGAUGAAUGCGGAGUCCUGGCAGUCCUAUGCGGAGCGAAGGGACAACAUCGCGCAAGACUGCAGGCUAUAUCCUGGUUGUGCUCCGUUGAGCGACACAGCUUGGGGAGACUGGAGCGGCAAGAUUCACACGGCUCCCCAUGGAAAUGCCAUUUUAGAGGGCGCCCACUUGCCAUCCUUAAGCGCUGGAGCCAAUGAGUUCCUCAUGUUCCACGGUACCAAUCCAGAGGCAGCUGAUUUGAUUGCGAUGAACCACUUCGAUAUGGCCUUCGCAUGCAAAUCGGGCCUCUUCGGAGCUGGCCUCUACUUUGCCGAGAACUCCUCCAAAAGUGACGAGUGA